CCCGCGACGUCACUCCUCUGGGCGAACGGCAGUCGCGGCGUGACCCCGCGAUAAGAGCAGUCCUCAACCGCGUCGCACGCUCAGGUGAAGGGGGGCGGCGACACGGUGUCUAUACCUGGCCACAGCUGAGAAGCGUGCAAACCUCGUUGCGUCGCGACGCACUCUCGUGUAGUUGGGUAACCCCCUGCUGGUUCCGGUUCACACGUUGGACGCGAUGCGCGGAGGCUACUGCACCUGGGCGUCGAGGCUACUCCUCCUAGCAGCGACUGCGUGCUGUUUGUCGGCUACGCCGGGCUCAGCGCGGCUAGAGGAGGUGCCCAAGUUCAACUCCAGCGCCGCCUGCAAUGAUGGCACGUACAUCACUACGAGGCAAGGUUACCUGCUCGGUCCGUCCUACGCUGACGCCGAAAUCAAGCAGCUAACCUCAGGUGCUGGCGCGCACCGUUGUUCUUGGACCUUGGACACCAACAGCUCGGCUAAGGUGGUGCGCCUGGUGAGCCAGUACUUCUCGCUGGACGACCGCUGCUUGCAGAGCGUGCUGCGGGUGCAUGACGGUGCUUCCCGGGACGCCCCUCUGUUGGCAACCCUGUGCGGUGCCGACCCGCCCGCUGAGCUGAUCACGUCGGCCGGGGCCGUGCACCUGGAGCUCGAGUUCCGCGCGAUGCACGUGGGCGAGGGCUUCAUGUUCUACUUCGAGCAUGCCUACAGGCCGGUGGAGUGCGCCGACGAUCUCCUGAGCUGUCGCAACGGGCACCGAUGCGCCAACAGUGAUCAGCUGUGUGACGGGAACGACGACUGCGGGGACGGCACCGACGAAGAGGACUGCUCCGUCUCGGCUGUGAACGCCACGGCAGUGUUUCAGCCGGCUGUUUGCGGCAGUGCCCCGACAGACACGGACCGGAUCGUGGGCGGCACAGAGGCCUCGAUGGACCGGUGGCCCUGGAUCGCCCAGCUGCGCAUGCCUCGCGACGAGCCGAACGGGUACCGCUGUACGGCCACGCUGAUAGCGCCCAAGUGGCUUGUCAGCGCUGCGCACUGCUUCAAAGUCUCGCUGAAGCCGGACCGGUGGGUGGUGAACCUUCGCCGGCAUGGCAUCAUCCUCCAGGAGGAUGAGAGCGUGGUUCGCUACGUACACCGCAUCGUCAUCCAUCCUGGAUACAACGGCUUCAAGCCGUGGAACCACACGACACCGUGGCUCUGGCGGAAGGAGCACGACCUGGCCCUGAUCGAGCUGAACGCGCCCGUCCCGGUAUCGGAUUCGGUGCAGCCCGUGUGCCUGCCGCUCGAUCCCGACUACUGGCCGGCCAAGGGGACGCUCUGCCGCGUCGCCGGUUGGGGAGUCACCCUGAACCCGACCCAGAGCCGCCAUUUUCUGCGAGAGGUGGCGCUUCCGAUCGUGGACCGCAAGCAGUGCCAGGCCUGGUUCACGGACCGCGAGAUCGGGCAGACGCAGCUGUGCGCCGGCUACGAGAGCGGUGCCCGAGAUGCUUGCACGGGGGACAGCGGAGGACCUCUUGUGACGAGAAACGGAAGCCAGUGGAUCCUGGUGGGCAUCGUCUCCACCGGCGUCGGAUGUGCCAAGCCGCGACAGCCGGGCAUCUACACGGCCGUCGCUCCUUAUCUGUCUUGGAUUAGCGAGGAGGCGGGACUAUGACACGUGCCCGUGUCCGACUUAUUGGGGAACACGCAGUACCGUGGAAAGGUUAUUGAAGUAUUGAAGUCUUGUGCUCGUUGGUGUGACCCUGAUGAGUUUCAUGACACAGAACACUGUACAAAAGUUGUGCGGCGAGGAAAGACUGAGAGAAUGCCGGGUCCUACACGGGGUGCCUUGGUGCGAAAUAUAUACUAUAGAAAAUAUGCUGUUGAACAAUGCACCGGUUUCGUCGGGACUUCCACAUCAGUGUUGGUAACAGUGUUUGUUUCGUGCACUGGGUACACGUUAUAGAACCACAGGGGGUAAAAAUUAAUCCGGAGUCCCCUACCGGGGUGCGCCUUGUAAUCAUGUCGGGGUUAUGGCACGUAAAACCCUAGAAUAUAAUUGUUUUUGGUAACCUAGCGAGAAAGUAGCUAAAUUUUGCGUGUUUUCAGGGACCGUAAUAAUGCUUUGCCUUUUUGGAGCCUUAUCGACCUUUUGGUGCGUAAAUAGACCGUAAAUUGCCUAGCUAGUGUUCCUCACGGUGCUUUAGCUGAGAUCAAUGCGUCUAAACUAUUUUCUCCCAAGAGAGAUGUAUGCGCCUGGUCAGUGAUACUAAAGACACACGGAAUGCCUUAUUAGUGAGUCAUCUGGUGGCAUCUGCUUUUCCAGGCAAACCACAAUGUUGAGAAGGGAUAUCCUUUGAGAAAAUCGGGGGUAAUGUUUCUUUUCACAUUCCGGCCGCCGACACGCCACCGCAAUGGAUAUUUUAAAAGUGUAGUAUAAAAACAUCUAGGAAGACGAACAAUUGAAACGUCAAAGAAAGGAAAUACCGCGCAAGCCAUAAUUAUCAUCAUUACUUAGCGAUUUUUCGCUAAAAGAAAGAAAGAACGAUUUUGUUUCCAGAAAUAAAAAAAUUCGAGGACA